GCCGGAGCACCAUCUAUUCCAGCGGGGAAGCGGAAUUAUACGCUCAGAGGAAUUUUGUUUGUCUGGAUGUAAUUUCUGGAGCCGAGAUAUUAAGUGGGAAAAAACGUUUUAAGGAUUGAUUGUGUUUAUUUAUUUAGAAAGAUGGGCUGUGCUGGAUUCACCUGCUCCAAACACUCCCUGUGCGCGCUCAACAUCCUCUAUGUUAUGGUGAGCCUGCUGAUGAUCGGCAUCGCCGCAUGGGGGAAGUGGUUCGGUCUGGUCUCCAGCUUCCAGGUUGUGGGAGGCGUGAUCGGCGUGGGGGUCUUCCUCUUCUUCGUGGCCCUGGCUGGCCUCAUCGGGGCCAUGAAGCACCACCAGGUCCUGCUCUUCUUCUACAUGAUCAUCCUGUCCAUGGUGUUUAUUGUGCAGUUCUCUGUCUCCAGCGCCUGUUUGGCCAUCAACAGAGAGCAACAGGAUCACCUGCUGGAGGUGGGCUGGAAUAACUCUCAGAGCACUCAGAGGGAUGUGGAGAAGAGCAUCAACUGCUGUGGCUUCAGACAGGUGGACCCCAACGGUACCUGUGACGCUCCCUGUUUCCCCAACCACUCCUGCUUGCCAUGUGCAGAUAAGAUCCAGGAACAUGCUGGAAAAGUUCUGCGCUAUGUGGGAGGGAUCGGACUCUUUUUCAGCUUCACUGAGAUUCUGGGAGUGUGGCUCACGUAUCGCUACAGGAACCAGAAGGACCCUAGAGCAAACCCCAGCGCUUUCCUGUGAGACAGCACAGGCUUAGGCCCCUGCACUAUCAACCCCACCACCCAUCUGUGGACUUUCUCCGGGCCUAUGACUGUAAAUACAAGACUGACAUGAGUUUGUCCACUGAUGGCUGCAGCGAUGCUGUUAUAAUGGGAUGUGUUUAGUGUUCAAGAGUGAAGUGUGUUCUGAAAACAAGUUGUUGUGUGUGUGUGUGUGUGAAGGAACAGCACAGGUUGCCUUCAGGGUGAAGAGCUCUGCCUAAGAGAAGUGUGUCUUAUACAGUACAGUGAGCACUUGUGGGUGUCUGCAGCAGUCUGCUGUGUAUUCCAGAAGUAUUUAUGCAGCCUGCCCGAUGUUGACCCUGAACGCUGUCUUUUUUCAUGUCUUUUUUUUUUGUGUUGUUGCUUUGAUUUAAAAAACGAGUCCGUCCCACUGAAUGCAAUAAUGUCGACUACUCUGUGGUUUUGCUGUGUGAAAGAAUGAAUAAUGUAUGAGGAGGAUACAUGGUUGUCUGUGUGUGUGUGUGUGUGCUUUGUAUUUGGCCUUUUGCAUGAAUAUAAGCUACUGUAUGAAAACUGCGGUGAUUCUUCUGUAAACCUGUCUGAGCCUUUGUACUGUAAACCACAA